GAAUGAGUGAGGGAAAGAGAGAGAGAGAAUGAGAGAGAGGACUUGACAGGGAUAUUUUUGAGUUUGGGGGGGCGGGGAGUUUCCAAAAAGCAACACGUAGCAACAGCUUUAAAGCAACUCCUUCUCCUGCUGGGUCUCAGACACUUGGCCAGCUAGAUUAAGGUGUGUGUUAGUGUUUGUGUGUGUACAGUGGACAAGAGAGGCAGACAACCAUGAUGAAGAUCAAGCUGCUAGUAUUGGUACAGGGCCUGUUACUGGCAACAUGUUGUGAUGGCAGGGCCAGGAACCCAGAGGCUGAGGAGGAAUCAAAGGACAUGCAGGACCAUGGAAGCUGGGAUGGUGACUACGGAAGUUCACAUGGAGCUUUAGGAACAGCCAGACACCCACACCAGGACCCACAACGACCAAGUCCACAUGUCUCUGGAACUGUCCAUUAUCCCUCGGAUCAUGGUCACACUGGCCCUAGCCAUGGUCAUCAUCCCACUUUGGGCCUGCCUGAGGAGACAUCAGAUGCUUCAGGUGACACGGGCACUCAUGGCGCUAUAACACGCACUGGGAAUUGGUGUGCGUUUGUGCACAAGCGUGUGGUCACUAUGGCGGUGGCCUGUGGCACUGAGAAAUACACCAUCAAGUCUCAGAGUCCUUGUCCUAGCGGAACACCAGACUGCCAGCUAGUCAUGUACAAGCUCUCCACUCGGCCGGUGUACAGAGAGAAGCAGAAGAUCUUCACUGCACUACUGUGGAAAUGCUGUCCAGGUCAUGGUGGAACAAACUGUGAUGAAACAGUUACGGACAGCCACGUGUCCAACCCUGAGGACUCCAGCACAUCUGGAAGGCUUCGUCCAGGAGGUCUGGUGUCCCAGCAUGCAGGGUCUGAUAGGCCACCCCACAGUGAGAACCGGGAACAAAAUGACCAUGAAGAUCCAAAUGGUUCUCUAUACCUGAGCUCCAGAGAGAAUCAAACGGAGGAGCUCAGCUACGACUAUACUGACAGACCCCAAGAUGGCCGUGAGCACCACAAUGAGAGAGCAGAUCCCUACAACAGUGUGGAUGAAGAACAUACAAGUCCUCCUCCAGAAGCACCUUACCCAAACCAGGGAGUCCUGCCCAUCCAUUAUCUAAAGGACAUUAUAAUGUCUCAUCUUCAACCUGUACUGGACAAAUUCAACACCACUCUGGAGCGAUUAUCAGAGGAGGUGAGGAGCUUAAAGAGUGACAUGGCAGAUCUGCAGCUCAGCACUGAGAUUGAGAUGGAGUCUGCAGUGGAGGGAGGUGGAGCAGGUGAGGAGCUGCAGCAGUAUGAAGACAAGCUGAAGAACACCUUCCAGCAGCUGGAGGAACUCAGGAGUGAGCUUAACCUCCAGCGAGAUGAGAUGGAGGAGAAGCUACACGCACAGCAGGUUAUGCUGACCUACAACCUGACCAGCUUCAAGACUGAUGUGGACCUCAAAUUCAAACGCAACCAGAAGACACUACAGACGAACCUCCAGUUCCUGAAUUCUUCACUUUCAGAAGUGAAGCAGGAGCAGGAGCGGCUGGAGGAAGAGAUUCAGAGAGUUAGAGCACCUGCAAUAACGACUCCAUGGCAGGAAAAACCUCAGGAGGACACGGCUGUUUGGGAGGCCAUUGCCCGUCUGGAUAAUAAAGUGGUCAACAACACUGUGAGACUCGACACUCUAAACGAAGACCAAGUCAAAACGUCUCAGAAUAUUGAACACUUUCAGAGGGUCGUAACGUCUCUAGAGGAUCGCAUAACGAAGACUGACCAUAAGAGUGAGGAGAGGUACAUUGAGGCUUUCCUGGAAGUUGAUGGAAUCAAAACUGCAGUUCAGAGCUAUGUUCAUGAACAGGUCAACAAUAUUACAAACCUCCUGCAGGAGAUGGAGGUAGACGUGGACUAUUUGUACACACAGUUCUACAAGAACGUCAGCUCUGGUAGUACGGACUGUAACUGUAAAGGCCUCACUGCUUCCGUGGCUCAGCUGAAGCAGGAUGUUGAGGACAUCAAGAUGCUGGCUAAUCAGAACAGGAUAGCUCUGGAUGGUGCAGCAGUAGAGAAGUUAGAGGGCUUUGGAGGUGAAGACUGGCAUCCUUCGGUUGAUGACCUGAAGUUAGGCUUACAGAACGUACAGAACUCUUUGGCGUUUGAGCAGAAGAAGAGCAGAACGCUCCAACAGAACGUAUCUAUGCUCCAUGGCUCUGUCUCAAGCAAUCAAGUGGACAUUGAAGGUCUGCAGAGACAAAGCAUUAACAUGGCUAAAGACAUGAAACUCCUGCACGGCUCCUUCUCCUCUCUCCUGAAGGAUGCCAUACGUCACACAGAAAUACUGGAGAUCCUGCUCGGUGAGGAGGUGCUGGAGUUCAUGGACUGGCCUAUCCAUGACCAGGAGACCCAUUCCAUCCCUGCACUGAAGGAGAAAAUCAGGGACAUGCAAGAACAGAUCAAUGGACACAGUCAAAGCCUGGCCUCCAUGCUGAACUCUGCUCAACCUGAGGACACUGCCGCAGACGAACCAUCAGUGCUGGUAGACUGGGUUUCAGGAGAUUCAAAAAGGAGACAAGGACCUCCUCUUUCACUUGAUUUAUCAGAGGACCUCCCAGACUACUCAGACAGUGAGUUCCUCUCUUUGGAAAAGACGGUAGAACAACUUCGAACACAAGUUCUCAAGCUUGAAGAGCAGCGCUGCGAUUGUACAAAAGGCGCUGCCCCUACAGACAUGGAGGCGAAACUGCAAGCAGAGCUAACUACAAUACGCAAAAAUCUUGAGGACCAUCUCCACAUUUUUAGCAGCGUUUUCUCUAAUAUGGAAGGUCUAGCUGGCUCUGAUGCAACAGUGGACUUGGAUAAGCUUUAUGCACUGAUGAAGAGAAAAGACACUAAACCACAAAGCAAGAGGCAAGUGACGAGAGCCAAUGAAAGAGUAGAAGAGCCCGUGGAGCGUGUAAAACUCCGCAGCAAGAGGGAUGCAUCUCUGGAAGCAGCAGUGCUCAGCCAGCUUCCUGACAGCGCACUCAUGUUCCUCGCCAGCUGGAAAGAGGGCGUCAACCAAUCCGGCACAGUCGUAUUUGAGAUGGUGUCUCUAAACCGUGGCCAAAUGUACUCGCCCACAACCGGCAUAUUCCGGGCACCCACUUCCGGAGUUUACCUGUUCGUGCUGACGCUGGACUUCGGGCCUGGGCCCUCCUUAGCACACCUGAAGAGAGGGGAGGAGGUGGCAGCCACCCUGCACCAGAGCCAGAGGAAGCCGGCAGGGCCCGCCACUCGAGUCUGCCUUCUGCAGCUAGAGCAGGACGAGGAGCUUCAGCUUCAGAUGGUGCAGGGUACUCUGGAACAAAGCAAUCCACAGGACAACACCUUCGCAGGACUGCUGAUCUUACAGACCACCUGAGUACCCUCUUUGCUGACUUGAAAGAGUUGAGAGACACACACUGAAAUGAAAAAAGAUGGUGAACAGCAGCCACUUUUUAAUGUUAAUGCUUAUACAGCUUUUCACAGCUACAGUAUUCGUUUGAUCACUGAUUGAUUAGUCUCAAAUCUUGUCUUAUGUGUAAUGAGAGACUUGCCAGUCUUUCCCUCCAGGCAGAAGUUCAGCUCCAUUGUUGCACAGGUCCAUUAAUGACCAAGUAUGUUGGUGUGGCUCUGAUCUCUUCUGUUUUUUUCCCCCACAUUUUUCAUGUUUGUCACACUUGUUUCAGGAAUUCAAAUCAAAAUUUAAUGUAAGACUGAAACAAUCUGAGUUAAACGCAAGAUGAUAUUGAAGCACAAUAAUUUGGAAAGGGUUACACAGUUGUAUAGCUUCGGGACAUCAGUGAAUCAUCUUUCCAGCUUUUCACACACAUAAGACUAGCUAUUUGUGAUUCCACCAUUAGAAAGAGGCAAAGCAACAAGGUUUUCUAAGGAGAGUCACAAGGAAAAACAAAACUCAGACUCUGGUUUCUUCUUACCCUUGAUAUGAUUCGUAUGGGCAGGUGUGAACCCAGCAAUUUUACACUGAUACAGGCCAAAAUAACCACACCUUAGAGAAGUAGCAUUCCCUGUCCAGUCCAAAAUGAGCAAUAGGCUCAUUCAUUUGUGGUGAGAAAGAGAUCAGACCUCGAUCCAAACCAACUUUAAGCUUUAAGCAUUAAAUGGUCCACAGACAGGUGUUAUAUUGUUAUAUAGUGUCUACGUAAGUGAGUGUGAUUAUGCACUAUGAGGAAUAUAAAGGCUCACAAUAGACAAAAUUACAUUUUAAAGAGCUGCAGCCCUUUUGAAAUAUUGUUCUGUGGAUUGAUGAGACAACAGUGAAACUUUCUGAAGGCAAAGGCAUCCACAUCUGAGGCAAAGCUAACAACCUUGUGCAAUUGUGUGGAGAUAUCCUGCCACUUUAGGACAUCAGCCAUGAUCUAAAGCUCUAUAGCAGGUCUCUGAACAGAGAUCAGAAAAAAACAGGAGCGGCCUUGUUAAAGUUCUAACUUUAACCUUGUUUGAACUCUAACUUUAACCCUAUUGAGAGGCAGAGGAAUGACAUUAGAACAGGAAGAUCAUGAUUGAAAGUCCUCCACUCUUAUGGCUGAAUUAAAGCAAUUCUUCAAGAAUUCAAGAUGGCCGUGGCUUGACAGUGGUUUAAAUGAAUGAUUUCCAGUUACAGCAAAUGUUUGGGGCUACGUGUUGCUGCUGAAGGUGGCAGAUAUGGCUUGGGUAAUAUGGUGAUGCUAAAUAUUUUUUCUUUUUCUUUGAAUAAAUAAAAAGAUGUUUCCCAAA